AUGUCAGAAAAUGCUCGGUGGCGCGCGUGGAGCCGAGUUGAAUCAACCAAAUGGUGCAGACUCUCAUUCAAAUCUAUCCAUCGCGGCCGAUUAACCACUUGUACUAGUCUGAUCAUAGGUCUCCUUCUACACGACGCCUGGCUAUCUGAGCUUUUCUCAAUGAGUCCUAUCAUACAGGCUCACACUCUGACCAUCAAUCUUCCGCCGUCGAACAACCUAUAUGAAGCCCCAGACUGUCAUGCGUGGUCACAGCUCUUGACCAACACUUUAAACAACGAUAACAUCCUCGAGCUCUUACCACACACCUUCAGUCUACCGGACUUAGACGGCCCUAUGCAUACUUUUUCCAUGUAUGGCCUCCUAUGUUCUGUUCUGCUUCGUGUCAAUGCAGAUAUGUGUCGGCUUGUCUCCAACUCCGAUAUAGUUCCAGCAAGUCAGCAUCGACAUGUACCUUGGAGAAUUUUUCAGAUCGACCAACGAGCAAGUAUCGCGGUCCCUCUACUUACCAGUUUAAUCAAAUUUUAUGAUGAAACUCUCCGCAGGUCGAACCCUAAUUGCAUUGUCAUUUGGCACAGCGUGUGCAUCCUUUUGACAGUCGAUACCAAUAUCCUCGCGCGCGCUGCCGGUCGAGAAGGACCAGAACAAAUGUCACAGGCUCGCAUUGACCUCUCUACCUGGGUGGAUACGACUGCCGCGCGGCGGGCAUGUCUUCAUGCAGCCCAAACAUUCAGGACUUUGUUGCACCGAAAACCUGCCGAUGGAACAGCCUUUCAGUCGGUUCGAACUUUGUUCAUGUCGGCACUUGUUCUUGGGAUGUACAUUUUGCUGGGCCCUGAUCAUCCAAGACCAGGUCGUUCCGAUAGCAGUCAUUUUGAUCUCGCUAGCACGGAGCUUGACUGGCAAGCGAUUGGCAAUACGGGAUUUUACGAUCCUAUCUCAAGGCCAUUAGCCAAGUCAGUGGAGCAAGAAGAUCCCGGAAUCAAAUUCAUUCGUGACGGUGGGCCAAUCAUCAUCGAUGGGAUCGUUUAUGAGCGAGGGUCUCGACAUGCGCAGCGCAUCAUUCUGGAGUUUGCCAGUCUUUUGGAUGAAGUGGGGACACAUUGGAUGGCGGACUAUGCGCGACUACUGUAUAUAAUUCACGACACCAUGGUGGAACCAACCGUUACAUCAUGA